AUGAACCCGGUUAACACCAAACCGUACACUCUUCCCCCGGACGCAAUCUGGUUGAUCACCGGAUGUUCGUCGGGUAUCGGCCAAGCACUGGCAGCUCUAGUCGCAAGCAAACCGAAACAUCGCUUGAUCGCAACAGCUCGGAAUCCUAAGGACCUGGAUUACCUGCCCGAUGACAAUGUCAACCUCCUCAAACUUGUCCUUGACGUGACAUCACCAACCUCGGUGAAAGAGGCAUUCAAAGCCGCAACCGAAUACUUUGGCAAAGAUUUUCAUCUCGAUGUCUUGGUGAAUAAUGCCGGGUAUUCGUUGUCCGGCGAUACUGAGUCUGCGACAGAGGAACAAGCUCACCAGGAAAUUGAGACCCUCUUCUUCGGUACGGCUCGGAUGACCACUUGUGCCAUCGAGAACAUGCGACAGUCUGAAACCCGACGAGGCGGUAUUAUCUUCAACAUUUCCUCUCUUGCUGGACAAUGCGCCUUUCCGGGUCACGCGUACUACCACGCGGGGAAGUGGGCCGUCGAAGGGUGGACUGAGUCUGUGGCAAAGGAGAUGCAUCCUGAUUGGAACAUAAACUUUUGUAUUGUAGAGCCGAGUGGUGUCCAGACAAAUUUCGAGGGGCAUAGCAAGGCGCGGACUGAGCCUCAUCCGGCUUAUGCCGAGAAAGAUAUGCCGGCACGUGUUCUCGAGAAAUACGUGGAGAUGGGUAUCAAGUCGGGAACUCUUACCAAGCCGUCUGCGAUUGCAGACGCUAUCUUCAGUAUUGCGUCUAGCAAGAAACGCAUUCCUUUGCGUGUUCCACUCGGUGGACCGGCUUGGGGCUUUAUCAAGCAGAAGCAUGAGACCUGCUUGAAAAACCUUGAAGACGUCAAGGACCUCAGUCUGUUGGUAUCUAAGACGUAG